UACUAAGUCGUAAACUAUAAAUAUUUACAAUGGCAUAUGAUAACGCUAAUUACUCAUUCCUCACGUUCACCAAUUACGUAAAUAAGAUAAAAAAAAGUCACCUGUUUAGCCGAGUGAUCGUUAAGCCGAUACAUAUGAAUAGGAAAAGAAGAAGUCGACUAAUUACGCAUUACGAUAUAAAAUGGACAUGAAGUUCAGCAACGUGGCGUCGGACACGCAAGAUUGGUCGGCUGCUCCAUGGCACGUAUUAUACAUGAUUAUGCAAGUCCGUCUGAAUAAACCUUUAAACAUGUUUCCUGUUCUAUUUCGAUAUAUAGAAUUCGCAGAAGGAAGGGUGUGUCACACUCGAUACUUGACGCAGCUAUGCCACAUUUCUCUGAAGUUUAUCGCAGCACAGUGUUUCCCCGUCUUUCUCUGCAGACCGGAUUGAGGCGGAUCUAACUUGAUUCAGUGACUAUAUUUCGGUGAGGAUGGAAAGCGAGAAGUAUUCGACGGCCGAUCGUAAGCUGAAGAUCUACUUGGCGUAUAGUGUCGUCCUUCUCGUUUUUUUCGCCUUCGCCGCGUUCAAGACGACAAAGGACAGGACGAUUGUGUCGAUAAUCGCGACCACCUUCGUCGCGUCCGUCUUCCUCGUGAUCUUCCUGCUCUGCGAUGUGACGCUACGCCUGUGCCAGACGCUGGUCUCAUUCACCACUGACGUGGGCCAGCAUUCUGAGGAGGGCUUCUGGUCAGUGGCGAAGUAUCACUUCUCUCUGAAUACCUUAUCGGCGACAAUCAUCAUCGUUGCCACAUUGCUGUUCCUGGGCUUGAGCAUCACCAUUCGCGGAUGCCCUUUGAGAUACGCCUGGGACUUUGGGCCCUACGUGUGCGUGCCACUGAUAAUAUUUUCCUUCUGCCUAAUCAGGAUGACCAACUUGGCUGAAUGGGAAACAGGAUUGCUGUCUGAUCUCAGUGCUAUGAAGGGUCUGGAUUAUGGCACGGGUAUGGCGUAUAAUUUCUACUAUGGCUAUCUGCAGCUUACUCUACCAUCCAGUGAAACCGGCAGGAAGGGCAUAAUCGAGAAAAUCGAAAACUUCGAGGACUAUCACAAUGUGACAUUUCCGAUACACAAGCUAUUUCUUUUAAUACCAUCUUCUGGAUACAUCCCACCAGACUUAAAGGAAGCUUCCUAUCAGUGGAUGGAAAAUAUACACGAGCUAGAGGAGGAGAAACGUAACCGGGCUGGGAAUAUAGGCAGGACGUAUCGCAACAAUGCCUACAAGAUACAUCCUGGAGGAAGAAACUCGGAUACAAGUUCCUUACAAAACACGUUACAAAGCAUCGCAUUGGCCAUUUUUAAAAGGAAGACAUUAGACACUAAUGUUUUACAAACAUUAGCACUUUUACAUUCACGGCCGUUCUUUAUAUGCAAAUAUACGUAUAACAUUGGACAAGAACAAGCGUCAAGAAUAAAAUGAUUCGUAUACAAUAUACAAUAUA